UGUAAGAGUUUGGCACCAAUCUGCAGCGAGGACAUGACACUGCACUUUAACCUGCAUCGAGGGACUCAUGGCCACAUGGAUAUAAUGUUUCAGACAUUUUCAAAGCUAUCGAUCAUAGUUCAUGGCCUGUUGGUUCUAUUACAACCCCCACUGAAGAGAUUUCCCGAGAAAAGCUCAGUAUUCCAAAGAAUUCUUCCCAACUGGUGGACAAAGGCUAAAAUACCGACGUUAGAAAGUGUCAUUUUUGGCAAAAACUUCAAAAAGAAAUUGACAGCAGACGGUAAAGGCUUUGUGAUAGAAGAGAAAUACUUGCAGCAUGCCUACCGAUUCCUUUCAACGCUACGAUCCUGCUUGCUGCUUUCCUAUGAUGGACUGUACAGUUAUUGCACCUCCGUAUCAGAAACGCUGCCUUCCUCCUGCAAGCUGGAGCUUGAAAAACUUGAUAUGAAAGCCCGGCUCAGUGAGUUAUCCGACAAAGUGACAGAAAUAGAAGACGCCAAUGAUCUGGCAGAAGCAAUAAACGGCACCCUAAUAGAGCUGUCAGCUCAACUUCUCAAUCUGUGGGGAAUAUUUCUUCGAUCCUCCUUGGAGAGUGAACAAGAAAAGAAGCAAAUAAAGGUAAGCAGCAGACUGAUUUGGAUUUAGGGCAGAAGCAGCUUUCCUCUUCUGUCUUUUAGGACAAAGACACACACUCAGAUUUGGGGAGAUUAGUCGCACCA